AGGUGAUUAUUUUCUUGUCUAAUAAAUUGUGCAACAGUUUGGGAAGGCUGAAAGCUUACAGAGACAAGGUGCAGGGUUUGAGCAAUCUUUCCUCCUCCAAACUAUUUAAACGGCAUUUAAGAAGAGUUUCCCUGCAGUCGAGGUUUCCACUUUUCUUGUGCUGUGUCUGAACCCACUCGGCCUCAUCAUGCCUGCUGAUUACAAUGGCACUUGGGUCAUGGAGAAGAAUGAAAACUUUGAUGGCUACAUGAAGGCUUUAGACAUCGAUUUUGCCACCCGCAAGAUUGCAGCUUAUCUUACCCAGACCAAAGAGCUUGUCCAAGAUGGAAACAUCUUCAAAACAAAGACUCUCAGCACAUUCAGGAACUAUGAGCUCAACUUCACCGUGGGCGUUGAAUUCGAUGAAAACACAAAGGGUCUGGACAACAGAGUGGUAAAGACCUUAGUAUCUUGGGAAGGUGACAAACUUGUCUGCGUGCAGAAGGGAGAGAAGAACAACCGUGGCUGGAAGCACUGGAUUGAAGGAGAUAAACUCUAUCUGGAUCUAACCUGUGAAGAUCAAGUGUGCCACCAAGUGUAUAUUAAGAAAAACUAAAAGCUGAAAAUGAACCCUGCCCUGCCUCGAAAUGUUAUUUUUGCUUUGUAAAGAGCGGAUAUACCAUGACUGUGUAUUUUUUCCUCUAUUCAGGGAAAGUUCACAAAUAAAAAAAAAUAUUUUUA